UCGUGUGGAUUUCGGUCGCAUUGAUCGACGCUCCGAGGGAUGUUACCCAUUCUGAUCUCAACCCCUGUAACCACCAUCCACCCCAGUCAAUGCCGCGAUUAAAAAUUUUCAAUUCUGAUUAUUUAGAACAUAGAACGUAGAAAAAGAAAGAAGAAGAAGAAAAAAAAUGCGAUUAUUUCGCUCAUAUUUUUAGCUAGUAUUUUUUUUUCGAUUCAAACAAAAUAUUUUGCAUAGAAUUUUUUUUCUAAAUCCCCAAAAAAAUCUUUUCUUUUCUCGCGCAAGUGCCUCAAAAAAAAAAAAAAAGAAAUUCAGUUUCAUCAAAAAGCGAGUGAUCAUCGUAUUUCUGACAAUAAAUUUAAAAAAAAAAUCAUCGAAUAUUUGACAAUGGCGUACUUUAGAGGUGUCUUUAUUCCCUCAUUGACUGCAACUGUAAAUGUAGCAUGGGAAACAAUAAAGGCAAAAUGGCCAGAAAAUAGUCCAUGUAUGGAAAUAAUUCGCGGUGCUGGCGGCAGUGGUGAAACACGAGGUACUUCCGGUAAUUUUCGAUCAUUUAAUGAGGGUGAAAAUACUGAAAUGACCACAAUGAAAGGUCAAGAGCAAUAUGGUGAACAAGGAAUUGCUGAGGAUUCCUUCAGCUAUCAAAGAAGCAGUGAUAAAAUUAGAACCGGAAGUAUCAGUAGUGGAGGUUUCAGUGAUUAUGACGAAGGUGGUGGUGGUGAAUUUGGUGGUUCGGGGGUGAAGAUCAACGAAUGGCAGGCUGCUUAUAAUGUCACCAAUGCCAUACAGGGAAUGUUCAUCGUUUCCCUUCCAUUUGCCGUACUUCGCGGUGGUUAUUGGGCAAUUGCAGCCAUGAUUGGUGUGGCGCACAUUUGCUGUUACACAGGUAAAAUUUUAGUUGAAUGUCUUUAUGAAUUGGAUCCAACAACAGGUCAACGUGUAAGAGUACGUGAUUCAUAUGUGGCAAUAGCAAAAGAAUGCUUUGGACCACGUUGGGGUGCACGUGCUGUUAAUAUUGCACAAAUAAUUGAACUUUUAAUGACAUGCAUUCUUUAUGUUGUUGUUUGCGGUGAUUUAAUGGUGGGAACAUUUCAAGAGGGUGCAUUAGAUACACGAAGUUGGAUGAUGUUAAUUGGAAUAUUUCUUAUUCCAUUGGGUUUUCUUAAAUCUUUACAUCAUGUUUCGGUAUUGAGUUUUUGGUGUACAAUUGCACAUCUUUUUAUUAAUGCAAUUAUAUUUGGUUAUUGUCUAUUGGAAAUUGGCGAUUGGGGAUGGUCAAAAGUAAGAUGGAGUAUUGAUAUGAAAAAAUUUCCAAUAUCAUUGGGUGUUAUUGUAUUUAGUUAUACAUCGCAAAUAUUUCUUCCAACACUUGAGGGUAAUCUUAUUGAUCGUUCAAAAUUUGAAUGGAUGUUAAAUUGGAGUCACAUUGCGGCGGCAGCAUUUAAAUCGUUGUUUGGUUGGAUUUGCUUUAUGACUUUUCAGGAUGAUACACAGCAGGAGAUAACAAAUAAUUUACAUUCAACGGGAUUUAAAGGAUUGGUUAAUACAUGUCUUGUGGUAAAGGCAGUACUUUCAUAUCCAUUGCCAUAUUAUGCUGCGUGUGAAUUACUUGAGAGGGCAUUUUUUCGCGGUAGACCAAAAACAAUAUUCCCCACAAUAUGGACAGUUGAUCGCGAAUUAAAAGUAUGGGGUUUAGCAUGGCGAAUUGGAGUUAUUUUAUUUACAAUAUUUAUGGCCGUUUUUAUACCACAUUUUGGUAUAUUAAUGGGCUUUAUUGGCUCAUUUACAGGGACAAUGUUAUCAUUUAUUUGGCCAUGUUAUUUUCAUUUAAAAUUAAAAAGAAAUUCCAUGGAUAUGGGUGCGGCGGCUUACGAUUGUUUUGUUAUAUUUUUGGGCGUUCUCUUUGGUGUUAUUGGAGUUUAUGACUCGGGUAGUGCAUUAAUCGAAGCUUUUGAAAUUGGUUUACCAUUUUAAAAAAAUUUUUUUUAAAAAAAAAAAUUUUUUUAAGAAUUUCUAAAUUUUUUUUUCAAAAUUUUGAAUUUCAAAAAUUUUUUGCGCAGUUUUUUUGUUUUUAAAUAUGAUGAGAAACGUGACAAUAUGAAAACUAAUUUUUAAGAAUCAAUGUCUUCCACUGUUAGAAAGAAAAAAAAAAAAAAAAAUGAAAAAUAGUAAUUAAUAUACAAGAAACUUAUACAAGUUAACUAUUGUUACGUAGGUUCUGGAUUUUAUAAUUGGAUUAAGAAAAAAACUCAUCAUUUUUAUAUAUAAAAUAAUAUAUAUAUGUGUGUGAGUUAAUUUUUAACGUCAUGGAAUUUUAGAAAAAGGGAAAAAAUUCGAAAUUUCAAAUUUUUUUUUCCACAAUUUACAAUUCUGACAAUAAUUAUCAUUUUUUUUUAGGAAAAAUUUUUUGCAGUUUCGAAUUUUUUUUUUUAUUAAAUUUCCUCGAUAUUGACGUGUAUAAAUAUAAAUAUCAUGAAAGAAAAAAAAAAGUACAAUUAAGUACGAAUAAUAAUAAUAAUAAUAAUAAUAAUUAGUCGAAUCGAAUGUCUUCCAAAGUCUCUAUAAUUAUUAUACAAGACGAUACAAAAAAUAAUAAUUGUAGAUCUCAUAUCAAAAAAAAAAAAAAAGCUAUAUUAAAAAAUGUAGCUUGUAGCGAACUAAAAGUGCAAAAAAAAAUGCUCCUCUAAAUUUUAAUUUAUA